AUGACGCGUUUGCUAUCCAUCGCUAGCCUUGGUGCCGCAGUCAUAUCAACGUUUACUGCUGCAAGCAGUCUUGUCAAGAGAGAUGUCGAUUAUUGCUCAGUAUAUAACCGCGCAUCAAGCCCUGGUUGCCAGCCCGUUCCCGGGAACUUCCUUGACUCUCGGGAUGACGCCCCUCCUACCCCAGACACUGACUCAGGGGUACUCGAGGAUGCCUUCUCGGCGUUGUCAGUGUUACAGAAUGUCUACUUUGAACCUGUCAACGGCACUUGGCCAACAUCGAUCGACUGGACAGGCGCAGUUGUUGAGACCGUGAUAGCUGGCAUGCUGACAACUCUUUCCAAGUCAUUAGACUCAACUGAGAAGGGCCAUAGCUGGAAGGAGAAGGAAAAUCUUAUUUCUUCCAUCUUUGCUCAGGUCACACACUCAUUCUUUGGACAAAAUGCUGUUGGAAUAUUAGGCCAGGCAUAUGAUGAUGUGCUAUGGGUAGUCCUUGGCUGGCUUGAAGCGAUCAAAUUUGUCCGUCUGCACUCAACCCUCCACUAUCCUGGAACAGAACAAAAGUGCCUCAACGUACCUGGUGGGCUAAGUGACGCGCUCGGCACCAUUUCCUAUCACGGAUACAACUGGUAUUGCACAUUCGCCGAGCGAGCCAGAGCGUUUUGGGAUUUUGCUACAAGAGGAUGGGAUACGAGACUCUGUCACGGGGGCAUGAUCUGGAACCCCCGACUGCUCCCCUACAAGAACGCCAUUACCAACGAGCUGUGGAUCGCAGCAUCCAUCUCAAUGUAUGAGUAUUUCCCCGACGACAAAUUCGACGAAUCUUGGACAGCAAGUCAGGGCUUCCCGAUUAACGACCCUGUGUAUCUGGCGGCAGCCAUCGUGGGUUACAAGUGGCUAAAGGACGUCAACAUGACGAAUACUCAGGGGCUGUAUGUGGAUGGCUACCACGUGGAUAUGAGCAAGCCCAACAACGUGGAGUGCGACCAGCGAGAUGAGAUGGUGUACACCUACAACCAGGGCGUCAUUCUCACAGGACAGAGAGGACUGUAUACUGUCACGGGAAGCCCAUCGUACCUGGAGGAUGGCCACGCCUUGGUUCGAAACGUCAUCAAGGCAACAGGCUGGAGUCUUGGUAAGAACGCCCCGAUAGACAACAUGGAGAGAAGACCUCGUGGCAAGCUUCCUCGCUGGCGAGGAAUCGGUCGCGGCGGUAUUCUAGAAGAGCAAUGCGACGUAAACGGGACGUGCUCACAAGACAGCCAAACCUUCAAGGGGAUCUUCUUUCACCACCUCACCGCAUUCUGCGCCCCCAUCUCGCCAGUGAGAAUACCUGACGCUGCCACUGUCAACAAGACCGAGCUUGGCAAGGCGCAGUGUUCCCACGAUAAAACCUGCCGCCGUUAUUUGCCCUGGAUAAAAUACAACAUGGAUGCGGCCCUUGCAACUCGAGACAAGGCGGGUCGUUUCGGCAUGUGGUGGGGAGCCAGUGUCUUUGACGGCUUCGAUGCCUCUGGACAAACAGAUGGCAUGAAUCUUACAUCUCCCAACACGACCGACUAUCGAAAUAAGGGGACCCCGAUUGACGUCACUUGGGGUCUCAACAUGACAUGGCGGCCUGGUUCGAAGACGGUCACGGGCCCGUACCAAGGUCUCUUGCCGAGACCUGAUCCGAAGCUGAGGACUGGCGUUUCGCCGGAUCUUGGUGUUGACUCGCAAAUUCUCCUCGGCCGGCAAGUUAAGCCUGGAGAUGCAAAUGAUCGCGGCAGAGGCAGAACCGUAGAAACACAAGUCGGAGGGCUGGCCUUGAUAAGGGCAUUUUGGGAGUUGUCUCAACCGUCGUCGGCUGAGUGCGAGCUAUAUAAUUAA